AUGCGUGACAAAGAGAAGGAAUGGAGGGAGGCACAAGUUGCUAUGAACAGAAUUUGGCGCGAACAAAACGAAAAACACAUGAUGCGAUCGCUUGAUCAUCAGUCAAACGCACUGCGCAAUAGCGAUUCUAAGUGGAUCAAAGCCAAAGCACUACUUCACCAUAUAGAAGUGAUGUUUGAUGAGAGGCAACAAAAAUCAGAAGAAGGGCAGUGUGAGGAUGUCGGUCCACAUAUGGUCAUGUUGUAUCCAGAAGAUAGAGCAAUUGUUCACGACACGUCUAACCUCAUAAUUCAUUACGUUAAAAGACAGUCAAAUAUCCACAAGGAGGAGAAAAACAAAAUUAAGAGCAUUUUGAGAAGGUUGCUUUCCUUUCUUUUGCAAAAUCUUAUUAUGCUUCAAUGCGUCACGGAAUGGUUUGGAAUUGAUGAUGAAGAAAUGAGUGAUGGGGAGGAGAAUAAUGAUCCGCUAAUCGAUGCUGGACCUCCAAAGAGGCGACGAAUGGGAGACGGUCCUGAUGAUGAACCUCCAAAAUUGGCGUCAACUGCUCAUUAUAGACUGGUGUACGGUGGAAACUCACUGUUCCUAUUUUUCCGCAUACAUCAAAUGAUUUGCGAUAGAUUAGGAAAACUCAAACUGAAGCAUCGAGAACAAAUCAAGAUUUACGAGGAAGAGUUGAAAGUGGCAGCUAAGCAAGCUGAAUUAUACAAGAUUCAUGGUAAAGGCCUUGGUAGUCACGAGCAAAACGCAAGUGAUACGAGUAAUGGAUUGGCAAUAAUUAAGAAUCCUCGUCGUAAUCCUGCUUCCAACUAUGCUGAUUUACUAAACGAAAUCAAAAACCUUUUGGAUGGAAAUAUUGAUUCAAAUACCUUUGAGGACAAUGUUCGCGUUCUUUUCCCAAUAGACGGGUAUCUUGUGACCACAAUAGACAAGCUAAUCGCUAUGGUUGGUCGCCAGUUGCAUUUUCUGGCUACUGGCCCCGAUGGUCUAGAGACCAUGAAGCUGUAUCAAAAGUAUCGUUAUGAACAACCAAUAUCAGUUUUCAGCCAGUCUCAAAAGAAGAUAAAAACUGAGGAAGAGUAUGCGCGCUCUGCUGAGACGUUCUUCAACUGCCAAAAUUGUUUUAAAAUUUUUGUAAUCUAUGAGAAGACACCUGUAGUUACGAUUGAAUUAGUUGAUACAGAAACAGAAGAAGAAACGCAAGAGGGUGAUGUAGCUCAAACUAGUGAAAACGUUGCUCCAGAGGCAAGCAGUGACGAUGAGUCGGAGCAACAUGAGGAGACCGAUGAAGAACAUCGACGUAAUAACCAUAGUGCUGACUUGAAACCGAAUGGUUUAUCUACAAGAAAUAGAGUUGCGGACGCUUUUAUUUCUAGUGACCCUCAAUAUUCCACUAGUUCUUCUGGUGCAAGGCGAAGUCGUCUGUUCCUGAGGCGUAAUGUCCGAAUGCGAAAUCCCGAGGUUGCUGGAGAGUUUGUUGUUUUU